AUGCUGAAAACCAACAAUUCUGAAAUAGCUAUAAUUGUCAACAAAGUAAAAGAUGAGUAUAACCAUAUGUUAAGUCAAGACAUAAUCGAGUUUGAAGAUGGUAAAAAAUUCACAGAUCAAAUAAUAGAGGAUCUUAUUAAUUUAUUAGAAGAAUUUGUUGAAAUAGAUAGUGACAAGUCAUCAGAUCCUGAAGAAAGUUUGUAUGAUAAUACCAGUGAUAAGGAAAAUUAUGAUUCUGUAACAGCAGUUCAAAUACAAAAUCCCAAAAAGCAUCGAAGCAAAGUGUGGAAACAUUGGCCAUUAGCAGAAGAAUUGUAA